AUGUCCCAGAACAAUAGGCAUAAAAAGAGUAAUGAUAAAGACAGCUCAGCGGAGCAGUAUACGGAUAGCGUUGACGAUUCAUUGACCCAAGAAAACAUCACAAUAAACAGCGUAACAAGGGCCGCUAACUCAGAGGUGAAUAAAGGCGGUAGUGAUGAUGAAGGAGACAAAUCAAAGCUUUUUUCGAUUUCAAAUAUUUUGAGUAAGAGGGAGACAAAAGACGCGCUUCCGGGGUUCGCAGGCAGCAGUUCUCACAAUGGAGUACUCACAGCAAAUUCGUCAAAGGAUAUGAAUUUCACUUUGGAAUUAAGCGAAAAUUUGCUGAUUGAAUGUAGAAAACUGCAAUCUUCAAAUGAAGCUAAAAAUGAACAAAUUAAGUCUCUCAAACAAAUCAAACAGUCAUUAAGUGACAAGAUUGAGGAGCUCAAUAACCAAAGAAAGUCGUUUAUGAAAGAGUUGGACUCGACUAAAGAUCUCAACUGGGAUUUGGAAUCUAAACUAACAAACUUGAGCAUGGAAUGUAAGCAAUUAAAAGAACUGAAGAAAAAGACUGAAAAAUCUUGGAAUGAUGAAAAGGAAAGCUUAAAAACUUUGAGAACAGAUUUGGAAAUUUUAACCUUAACUAAAAAUGGUAUGGAAAAUGAUCUUAAUUCUCAGAAACUUCAUUAUGAAAACGAGAUUAGUGAACUAAAGGAAAGAAUAUUAGACUUAAAUAAUGAGAACGAUAAAUUACUUAUAAGUGUUUCUGAUUUGACAAGUGACAUCAAUUCCUUACAAGGCGAUAGAGCUGAAAAAUUAAAAAUUCAAAAGCAACUUGAUGACGCUAAAGCAUCUAUUUUUUCGUUGAAAAGGAAAGUACAAAAGAAAUACCAUCAAAAACAGCAUACUUCCGACACUACAGUAGCAUCCGAUUCUGAUUCGGAGUGGGCCACUAGUGAAGAAGACAUUUUUGACAUAGUGACCGAUAUUGACCACAUGAUCGAAGCACACCCCUCUGUCGAGGAUCUUUCUGAAGAUCUCGUUAAAAAGUACUCAGAAAACAACAAUAUGACCUUGUUGUCAAAUGAUUCUUAUAAUAACUUGUUACAAAAAAGCGAAAGUGUAUCCAAACCAAAAGGCGACGAAUUGAUGACUAAAGAGGUUGCUGAAAACCUGAAUAUGAUUGCGUUACCAAACGACGACAAUUACAACAAAAAAGAUUUCUCAUUAGAAUCCCAUAUCAAAUAUUUAGAGGCUUCUGGCUAUAAAGUACUUCCUCUAGAGGAGUUUGAGAACAUGAAACAAUCCAUAUCAAAUCCGCCAUAUAGUUAUCUGAGGGAAAAACUUAAGGCAUUGAAAAAGAUACCCAUUGACCAAAAUACGUUUAACUUGAUAAAGGAACCUACUAUUGAUUUUUUGCUGCCUCUAACAUCUAAGAUUGACUGCCUGAUAAUACCAACCAAAGAUUAUAACGAUCUUCUUGAAAGCACCAAGAAUCCAUCAGUAGAACAGGUGAAAGAAUGCCUGGGAAGAAACAGUAGUUUAGAAUUCACUAUAUGUAAAUGGCUAGAAGAGAGAAACGACUGCAAAUUACUCAGUAAUAAUGUGUACUUUUCGAUGGUUGAUAAAAUAGAAACGCCUUCAAAACAAUACCUAUCAAAUAAGGCAAAAGAGUACGAUCAGGUGCUGGUUGAUACCAAAACAUUAGAAGAUUUACAGAACCCAACGGUGGAUGUGCUAAAAAGAAAAGCUUCUGCAUCUGAUUAUUUAUUGCUCAAGAAAGAAGACUACGAGAGUCCAUCCCUGGAAUACUUGGUUGAACACGCCAAAGCUACUGAUCACCACUUACUAUCUGACAGUGCGUACCAAGACCUAGUCAAAUUCAAGGAGACGCCUGAUAUCGAAUUCUUGAAGGAGAAAUCUGCAAGCCUAGGUCAUACCAUUGUUUCCGAUGAGGCAUAUUCCGAGUUACAACACAAAUACUCUGAUUUGGAGAAGCAAUUGGAACAACCAUCUUUAGCAUACCUGGUUGAACACGCCAAAGCUACUGAUCACCACUUACUAUCUGACAGUGCGUACCAAGACCUAGUCAAAUUCAAGGAGACGCCUGAUAUCGAAUUCUUGAAGGAGAAAUCUGCAAGCCUAGGUCAUACCAUUGUUUCCGAUGAGGCAUAUUCCGAGUUACAACACAAAUACUCUGAUUUGGAGAAGCAAUUGGAACAACCAUCUUUAGCAUACCUGGUUGAACACGCCAAGGCUACUGAUCACCACUUACUAUCUGACAGUGCGUACCAAGACCUAGUCAAAUUCAAGGAGACGCCUGAUAUCGAAUUCUUGAAGAAGAAAUCUGCAAGCCUAGGUCAUACCAUUGUUUCCGAUGAGGCAUAUUCCGAGUUACAACACAAAUACUCUGAUUUGGAGAAGCAAUUGGAACAACCAUCUUUAGCAUACUUGGUUGAACACGCCAAGGCUACUGAUCACCACUUACUAUCUGACAGUGCGUACCAAGACCUAGUCAAAUUCAAGGAGACGCCUGAUAUCGAAUUCUUGAAGAAGAAAUCUGCAAGCCUAGGUCAUACCAUUGUUUCCGAUGAGGCAUAUUCCGAGUUACAACACAAAUACUCUGAUUUGGAGAAGCAAUUGGAACAACCAUCUUUAGCAUACCUGGUUGAACACGCCAAAGCUACUGAUCACCACUUACUAUCUGACAGUGCGUACCAAGACCUAGUCAAAUUCAAGGAGACGCCUGAUAUCGAAUUCUUGAGGGAGAAAUCUGCAAGCCUAGGUCAUACCAUUGUUUCCGAUGAGGCAUAUUCCGAGUUACAACACAAAUACUCUGAUUUGGAGAAGCAAUUGGAACAACCAUCUUUAGCAUACCUGGUUGAACACGCCAAAGCUACUGAUCACCACUUACUAUCUGACAGUGCGUACCAAGACCUAGUCAAAUUCAAGGAGACGCCUGAUAUCGAAUUCUUGAGGGAGAAAUCUGCAAGCCUAGGUCAUACCAUUGUUUCCGAUGAGGCAUAUUCUAAAUUGGAGAAGCAAUUGGAACAACCAUCUCUAGCAUACCUGGUUGAACACGCCAAAGCUACUGAUCACCACUUACUAUCUGACAGUGCGUACCAAGACCUAGUCAAAUUCAAGGAGACGCCUGAUAUCGAAUUCUUGAGGGAGAAAUCUGCAAGCCUAGGUCAUACCAUUGUUUCCGAUGAGGCAUAUUCCGAGUUACAACACAAAUACUCUGAUUUGGAGAAGCAAUUGGAACAACCAUCUCUAGCAUACCUGGUUGAACACGCCAAAGCUACUGAUCACCACUUACUAUCUGACAGUGCGUACCAAGACCUAGUCAAAUUCAAGGAGACGCCUGAUAUCGAAUUCUUGAGGGAGAAAUCUGCAAGCCUAGGUCAUACCAUUGUUUCCGAUGAGGCAUAUUCCGAGUUACAACACAAAUACUCUGAUUUGGAGAAGCAAUUGGAACAACCAUCUUUAGCAUACCUGGUUGAACACGCCAAAGCUACUGAUCACCACUUACUAUCUGACAGUGCGUACCAAGACCUAGUCAAAUUCAAGGAGACGCCUGAUAUCGAAUUCUUGAAGGAGAAAUCUGCAAGCCUAGGUCAUACCAUUGUUUCCGAUGAGGCAUAUUCUAAAUUGGAGAAGCAAUUGGAACAACCAUCUCUAGCAUACCUGGUUGAACACGCCAAAGCUACUGAUCACCACUUACUAUCUGACAGUGCGUACCAAGACCUAGUCAAAUUCAAGGAGACGCCUGAUAUCGAAUUCUUGAAGGAGAAAUCUGCAAGCCUAGGUCAUACCAUUGUUUCCGAUGAGGCAUAUUCUAAAUUGGAGAAGCAAUUGGAACAACCAUCUCUAGCAUACCUGGUUGAACACGCCAAAGCUACUGAUCACCACUUACUAUCUGACAGUGCGUACCAAGACCUAGUCAAAUUCAAGGAGACGCCUGAUAUCGAAUUCUUGAGGGAGAAAUCUGCAAGCCUAGGUCAUACCAUUGUUUCCGAUGAGGCAUAUUCCGAGUUACAACACAAAUACUCUGAUUUGGAGAAGCAAUUGGAACAACCAUCUUUAGCAUACCUGGUUGAACACGCCAAAGCUACUGAUCACCACUUACUAUCUGACAGUGCGUACCAAGACCUAGUCAAAUUCAAGGAGACGCCUGAUAUCGAAUUCUUGAGGGAGAAAUCUGCAAGCCUAGGUCAUACCAUUGUUUCCGAUGAGGCAUAUUCUAAAUUGGAGAAGCAAUUGGAACAACCAUCUCUAGCAUACCUGGUUGAACACGCCAAAGCUACUGAUCACCACUUACUAUCUGACAGUGCGUACCAAGACCUAGUCAAAUUCAAGGAGACGCCUGAUAUCGAAUUCUUGAGGGAGAAAUCUGCAAGCCUAGGUCAUACCAUUGUUUCCGAUGAGGCAUAUUCCGAGUUACAACACAAAUACUCUGAUUUGGAGAAGCAAUUGGAACAACCAUCUUUAGCAUACCUGGUUGAACACGCCAAAGCUACUGAUCACCACUUACUAUCUGACAGUGCGUACCAAGACCUAGUCAAAUUCAAGGAGACGCCUGAUAUCGAAUUCUUGAAGGAGAAAUCUGCAAGCCUAGGUCAUACCAUUGUUUCCGAUGAGGCAUAUUCUAAAUUGGAGAAGCAAUUGGAACAACCAUCUCUAGCAUACCUGGUUGAACACGCCAAAGCUACUGAUCACCACUUACUAUCUGACAGUGCGUACCAAGACCUAGUCAAAUUCAAGGAGACGCCUGAUAUCGAAUUCUUGAAGGAGAAAUCUGCAAGCCUAGGUCAUACCAUUGUUUCCGAUGAGGCAUAUUCUAAAUUGGAGAAGCAAUUGGAACAACCAUCUCUAGCAUACCUGGUUGAACACGCCAAAGCUACUGAUCACCACUUACUAUCUGACAGUGCGUACCAAGACCUAGUCAAAUUCAAGGAGACGCCUGAUAUCGAAUUCUUGAGGGAGAAAUCUGCAAGCCUAGGUCAUACCAUUGUUUCCGAUGAGGCAUAUUCCGAGUUACAACACAAAUACUCUGAUUUGGAGAAGCAAUUGGAACAACCAUCUUUAGCAUACCUGGUUGAACACGCCAAGGCUACUGAUCACCACUUACUAUCUGACAGUGCGUACCAAGACCUAGUCAAAUUCAAGGAGACGCCUGAUAUCGAAUUCUUGAAGAAGAAAUCUGCAAGCCUAGGUCAUACCAUUGUUUCCGAUGAGGCAUAUUCCGAGUUACAACACAAAUACUCUGAUUUGGAGAAGCAAUUGGAACAACCAUCUUUAGCAUACUUGGUUGAACACGCCAAGGCUACUGAUCACCACUUACUAUCUGACAGUGCGUACCAAGACCUAGUCAAAUUCAAGGAGACGCCUGAUAUCGAAUUCUUGAAGAAGAAAUCUGCAAGCCUAGGUCAUACCAUUGUUUCCGAUGAGGCAUAUUCCGAGUUACAACACAAAUACUCUGAUUUGGAGAAGCAAUUGGAACAACCAUCUUUAGCAUACCUGGUUGAACACGCCAAAGCUACUGAUCACCACUUACUAUCUGACAGUGCGUACCAAGACCUAGUCAAAUUCAAGGAGACGCCUGAUAUCGAAUUCUUGAGGGAGAAAUCUGCAAGCCUAGGUCAUACCAUUGUUUCCGAUGAGGCAUAUUCCGAGUUACAACACAAAUACUCUGAUUUGGAGAAGCAAUUGGAACAACCAUCUUUAGCAUACCUGGUUGAACACGCCAAAGCUACUGAUCACCACUUACUAUCUGACAGUGCGUACCAAGACCUAGUCAAAUUCAAGGAGACGCCUGAUAUCGAAUUCUUGAGGGAGAAAUCUGCAAGCCUAGGUCAUACCAUUGUUUCCGAUGAGGCAUAUUCCGAGUUACAACACAAAUACUCUGAUUUGGAGAAGCAAUUGGAACAACCAUCUUUAGCAUACCUGGUUGAACACGCCAAAGCUACUGAUCACCACUUACUAUCUGACAGUGCGUACCAAGACCUAGUCAAAUUCAAGGAGACGCCUGAUAUCGAAUUCUUGAGGGAGAAAUCUGCAAGCCUAGGUCAUACCGUUGUUUCCAAUGAGGCAUAUUCUAAAUUGGAGAAGCAAUUGGAACAACCAUCUCUAGCAUACUUGGUUGAACACGCCAAGGCUACUGAUCACCACUUACUAUCUGACAGUGCGUACCAAGACCUAGUCAAAUUCAAGGAGACGCCUGAUAUCGAAUUCUUGAAGAAGAAAUCUGCAAGCCUAGGUCAUACCAUUGUUUCCGAUGAGGCAUAUUCCGAGUUACAACACAAAUACUCUGAUUUGGAGAAGCAAUUGGAACAACCAUCUUUAGCAUACCUGGUUGAACACGCCAAGGCUACUGAUCACCACUUACUAUCUGACAGUGCGUACCAAGACCUAGUCAAAUUCAAGGAGACGCCUGAUAUCGAAUUCUUGAAGAAGAAAUCUGCAAGCCUAGGUCAUACCAUUGUUUCCGAUGAGGCAUAUUCCGAGUUACAACACAAAUACUCUGAUUUGGAGAAGCAAUUGGAACAACCAUCUUUAGCAUACUUGGUUGAACACGCCAAGGCUACUGAUCACCACUUACUAUCUGACAGUGCGUACCAAGACCUAGUCAAAUUCAAGGAGACGCCUGAUAUCGAAUUCUUGAAGAAGAAAUCUGCAAGCCUAGGUCAUACCAUUGUUUCCGAUGAGGCAUAUUCCGAGUUACAACACAAAUACUCUGAUUUGGAGAAGCAAUUGGAACAACCAUCUUUAGCAUACCUGGUUGAACACGCCAAGGCUACUGAUCACCACUUACUAUCUGACAGUGCGUACCAAGACCUAGUCAAAUUCAAGGAGACGCCUGAUAUCGAAUUCUUGAAGAAGAAAUCUGCAAGCCUAGGUCAUACCAUUGUUUCCAAUGAAUCAUAUUCUAAAUUGGAGAAGCAAUUGGAACAACCAUCUCUGGAAUAUUUGGUUGAACGUGCUGAACAAAUACAGACAAAAGUUAUAACCGUAUCAGACUUUAACAAGUUAAUGAAUCCAUCCUUGGAAGAUUUAACUUCAAAGUUGCAAAACUCAGAGUACCAGAUUGUUCCAAAGGAUGAGUACAUUGCAUUGAAAGAAAUGAUGGAAGAUCCUGACGUUCAACUGUUAAAAUCUAAGUUGAAAGGUUACCACAUAAUUGAUACAGCAGCAUACAAUGAGCUAGCCAGCUACUCAAAUUCUCCUACAUUGGACUUUAUUGAAGAGAAAGCCAAAAGCAAAGGUUUUAGGUUGAUAGAUGCCAACAAAUAUAUUGAUUUGAAUAGAAUAGCCACUACUCCUUCUAAAGAAGAGAUAGAUAACUUUUGCAGAAAGAUUGGGUACUACGCUUUGGAAUUCAAAGAAUAUGAAAAACUGAAGAAUUCUGUGCAGAAUCCCUCUAAGGAGUUUAUCGAAGAAAAAGCCACCUUAUUUGGUCUUGCGCUAGUUGAUAAAACAGAGUAUGAAACAAUGAAAGACAAUUUGAGCAAUAAAAAUUCACUCAUUGCAUCUGUAAAGGCACUUGGUCUCGUUGCAAUACCUGCCCCACAGCUUGCUUCUCUACAGAAGUCAUCACUACAAAAUAGUACUUUAUCUGAUAUUGAGAAUAAAUUAAAAGCUUUAGGAUAUGUCGCAAUAAGUAAGGAAAACCUAGCAAACCUAGAGAAACCGAUAGUUGAAAGCGCCUCCAGAGAUGAUGUCUUGAACAUAUGCUCCAAGUUCAGUCUAAUACCAGUGUCCACUGAAGAAUAUGAUAAUAUGAAGAAAGAACGCGCUCAAACCUUGAAUGCUCUCAGUGAUCCAUCCAUUGAUUUUUUGAAGGAAAAAUCCGAAAAAUAUGAAUUGGUCGUAAUUGAUAGACAUGAUUACGAGGAGAAGCAAGAAGCCAUUGAAAAUCCAACCCUUGAUUAUUUAAAAGAUUCUUUGAGCAAAAUAGGCCACAUCGCAAUUUUAAAGCAGGAUUAUGAAUCAAUGGUUGCUAAAUACGAAAAGCCACAACUGGAUUAUUUAAAAAUUUCGUCUGCAAAAAUUGACCACACUGUAAUUCCUCUGUCUGAGUACAAUCUGAUGGUUACAGGCUAUAAAGAUCCUAGUUUGAGCUACUUGAGAGAGAAGGCUGAUUUGAAUAAUCAUGUUUUAAUAAAGGAUGAGGACUAUAGAAAUACUCUAGCUGCAUCAGAGCAUCCAACGGAGGCCAACCUCUCCGAAAAGGCAUCUUUAUUAAAUAAAGUCUUGGUAGACAAGGAUGAUUAUGCCAACAUGUCACGUUCGAUUGAAAAUCCAACGGUUGAUUUCUUAUCCACUAGGGCGCUAUCAGUUGGGAAAAUACUAGUUAAUGAAUCUACGCACAAAAGAAACGAGAAACUAUUAUCCGAGCCAAAUUCUGAAUUUUUGGCCAUGAAAGCUAAGGAGCAAGGGCUAAUCAUCAUUUCCGAAGAAGAAUAUUCAGGACUCCAGGAUAAAAUAGAUCAUCCUAGCUUGGACGUUCUAAAAGAAAAGGCUACCGAUUUUGGUAGUGUCAUAGUAGAUAACACAGAAUACCAACGGUUGCUGAACACUGCAAUUGCCUACCCUCCCAUAACUUAUGAAGAUUUGAAGGCAUAUGCUCACCAAUUCGAUAUGGAAUUAUACCCUUUAAACCCCAACGAACUUUCUCAGGCCGAGAGUCCAGAGCGCUUUGAUGAACAAUCUAUAAACACAACAAGCAGUAACUCGACCACAACAUCAAGUAUGUUCACAGACGCAUUGGAUGAUAAUAUUGAAGAGCUUAAUCGUGACGAAUUCGAACAAGAUGAAGAUGUAACUGACAUAAUAUCGAAGUCAUCCACAGUAAAAGGUGUCACUAACAUUCCCGCAUACGCAACCAUUAAAAAUUCCGCCGAAGAACUGGGUUACAAAUUAGUUCCGAUUGAAAAUUCAAGUGCGAAUCUUAAAUAUAUGGAAGCCCUUUCAUUUUCGAAGGAUAACGACGACAUUAGCGUUGCUAGCAGCGUCGAUCUUAACUACUUAUCUAAAAAGGCAGAAAAAUAUGGUAUGACUCUCAUUUCUGAUGAGGAGUUUGAAGAAUAUCAUAUGCUAAAGGAUAGCACCGUCAGUCGGGAUGAUGGCAUCGAAGAAACAGAUAAUUCCCUGUCAGAAGACGAAAACGCAACAGCAAAGACCACAAAUAUACCGAGGGAACGUGCCUUACAGAAAGGCGUUCUCCGCAAUAGUAUGGAUAAAGAAGAAGUCAUCGAAAUGGCGCAAAAAUUAAAUCUGGUUAUUCUCAACGAAAAAGAGUACACUGAAUUACUGAAUAAGUCAGAAAAAUAUUCAAAUUCUGCAGCUGAUGUUGUCGGUGACACUGCCAAGCUCGAUUUAGUAUCGUUAGAGAAGCAAAAGCUGGAAGAGUUCGAACAUGAGCAUGCUCAUCCAACAUUCACAGAAAGGCAACUCAAGAAACAUGCUGGCGAUCGUAGCUUAAUUUUGACUAGUAGGGAUAAAACACUGUUAUCAAGGGAUGAAAACAUAAUAAGCCAAAGCGAGGUGGUUUAUGAUGAUGAUAUAUCUGACAGUUUUGCAGAUGAAACCCAAGAAAUCAAAAACGAUGUGGACAUCAUUAAAACCCAAGCUAUGAAAUACGGAAUGCUGUGUAUUCCCGAAAGCGCUUUCGUGGGUACAUCAUAUGAAAGUAUACCAGAUACGAGCGAUAUAGUUGCGCUUUCUUCAUCCUAUUAUCAUAGUCUAUUAUCACCUGAAGACCUGAAAUGGAACUGUGUGAAUAAUGAAGUGUUACAAGCAGAAGUUAAAAGGCGUGGACUCCAGCUUGCACCACCAACAAAGGAAGAUAGUAAGGCUCAAGCCACCGCAUCUAAACACGAGGGUAGGUCACACAAGUUGAGUAAUAAAACAUCCACUUUAUCCACGAAGUCUGGAGUAAAAAAGGGACUUGCAGAAGCUGCAGCAACCACUGCCUAUGAAGAUUUUGAAGGUCACCCACAAGCACAAGAGCAGUCUCAUCGUAAAAAUCAUCAUAAACAUCAUAAACGUCAACAGAGUCUAACUUCUAGUUCAACCUCAAAAACCGCACAUUCAUCAAAAAAUACCCCAACAUCUAGAAGAGAUGUCGUGGCAUCAUUUAUGUCACGUGCAGGAUCGGCUGGUAGGACGGCAUCUUUACAAACUUUAGCAUCAUUGAAUGAACCAAGCAUAAUUCCUGCGUUAACUCAAACCGUCAUUGGGGAAUACUUGUUUAAGUAUUAUCCGCGCCUGGGACCUUUUGGAUUCGAAUCUCGCCAUGAAAGAUUCUUCUGGAUUCACCCAUAUACUUUAACUUUGUAUUGGUCAGCAUCUAAUCCCAUCUUAGAGAAUCCUGCCAACACGAAAACAAAGGGUGUUGCCAUUCUAGGAGUGGAAAGUGUCACAGAUCCAAACCCGUAUCCAACAGGAUUGUAUCAUAAGAGUAUUGUCGUUACCACAGAAACUAGGACUAUUAAGUUUACUUGCCCUACAAGGCAAAGACACAAUAUUUGGUAUAAUUCAUUGCGCUAUCUAAUUCAAAGAAACAUGCAAGGGAUAAGCUUAGAGGACAUCGCUGAUGAUCCAACAGAUAAUAUGUAUUCAGGGAAGAUUUUUCCAUUGCCGGGUGAAAAUACGAAGAGUUCCAGUAAAAGACUGAGCGCAUCGAGAAGGUCCGCAUCUACAAGGUCUCUAAGAAAUAGAGUACCAAAAAGCCGAUCAUUUGGCAACCUAAGAUAA